AUGACCAUAGCACCAUAUAAGGGCAUGAGUUGCACUGCCAUGUUCAUGCUGACUCUCUUUACACUGUUAGGGUGCUUAGUCUGCAUUGGCAAUCUCCUCACCGUGGUAGCUGUGUUUCGGACUGAGGAGCUCCGGACCACGCCUAACAUGUACAUCGUGUCUUUAGCAUGUAGUGACUUCCUUCUUGGGCUCACAGUGCCUUUCUUUGUAUCCUCCAAUGUCCCAAACAUGGAGGAUCUGUUAGACAGGUCGUUGUUCCACUGUGCAUUUCGAUAUGGCGUUCUGUAUCUAAUUCUGUCGGAGUCUUUCCUCUGCAUCUGUGCUAUAUCCGUGGACAGGUACGUCUACAUCAAACACCCUCUCCAUUACCACAUCUACCUCAGUCCUAAGAAAACUGGCCUCGUCAUCGCGUCUACGUGGUGUGUGUCCCUAAUGGUGGGCGCUUGUACUCUGCUGACGUCGACCUGGCCUGGCUAUUGCAGUUUCUUCCACGUGGUGUCCAAAUCAUUUCAGCUGUACUUCAUCAUGCCCUAUACAGCCGCCAUCUUUGUGUUGAACGCAGUAAUGUACAGCCUCAUCACAAAGGAAGCUAUUCAACAUCGUCAACGAAUUCAAGUACGGAAUUCACCCAUCAACACAACAAUACGCUGCAAAGCAACAUUACGCUCGAUCAGACAUUUCAUCAUGGUAUAUGGGACGUUUGUCGUGUGCUGGUUGCCGGCCGCAGUGGUCAACAUUCUUGGUCACACGUACGGAGUGGGCACUACAACUACAGGCAUAACACUAUCUCUUGGAUUAUUGAACUCUGGUGUGAACUUUAUAAUCUACGCCUUCAUGAACAAGGCUUUCAAGAAGGCUUUCUUAAAACUAUUCCUGGCAUUGCACGUGUUCUGUUGUCGAAUGUGUAGAUGA